AUGUCGAGUAGGCAGGGAGGAUUUGAAGGCACAAGGUGCCAAGACUGUGGAAACCAAGCGAAGAAAGAUUGUGCUUACAUGAGGUGCAGGACUUGUUGUAGGAGCAAAGGAUUUGAGUGUCAAACUCACAUCAGAAGCACUUGGGUUCCUGCCUAUAGGAGGCGUCAGAGGCAUCAGCAACUCCCUCCUGUUCCACAGCAGCACCUCCCAUUACACAACCCUAAAAGGCUUAGGGAAAAUCCUUCUUCAGGGUUAGAAGUGGGAAAUUUUCCGGCUGAAGUGACUUCUCUGGCAACAUUUCGUUGUGUUCGAGUGAGCUCCUUUGAAGAUUCAGUUGAUCAGUAUGCUUACCGGACGAGUGUGAGUAUUGGAGGGCAUGUGUUUAAGGGUGUUCUCUAUGAUCAAGGCCCUGAUCAAGUUCAUCACUCACUAGGUGAAUGCUCCUCUCGUGAGACACAGGCGCAGCCAAAUGAAAGCAACGCUGCUGCUCUAACAAUGGCUACUACCACUACAACUUCGACUUCGGUUGCUGCAGAAACUCUUCUUCCUUUUGCAUAUGCAUCACCCUUUAAUGCUUUCAUGUCAGCUGGUACGCAAUUUUUCCUCAACCCAAAAUCUUAGAAACAUUUUGCAUAUGGGAAAGUGAAAAUU